AUGUCUUCGCAUAGAUCAACAACAUCAUCAUCUCGUACAACAUCACGAAAGCAUUCAACAACAAUCAAAUCCACAUCAACCAAAAAACUUUCUCGAAAUACAAUUGAUGAAUAUACUUUAGAUUAUGUAAAUGAAGAUCAUAUAGAAGCAUUUGCUAAAGCAUUAGCGGAAGAUCCUGAACAGGAUUCUACUGAACAUAUUGCUGCAGUUACAGAUUUUAUGCCUAUUAGACAAAAAAUUAAAAAGAAGAAACCUAAAGUACCAAAUGGAUUUGACGGUAUUUCUUAUCAUAUCGUUAGAUUCCCUUUAAUGUUAUCCAUUUUUAUUGUUAUUGCCUUUGAAUUGUUAUGUUAUGUUUUGGUUAGACAAAUAGUAAAUCUUUGGGAAUAUUUUAUUCAGUGGAGAGGUGAAAGAUAUUUAUUAAGAGAAAAAUUACGUCAUUCCACAACAUAUAAAGAAUGGAAAGAAGCAGCACAGCAACUUGAUUCAUAUUUUCAUUAUGAUGAAUGGAAAUAUGAAACUCCAUUCGGUUAUUAUGAUUUUAAUUUAUUACAAAAAGUUAAUAAAGAUUUAAAAAAAUUGAGAGAUUCAUCAUCUUUAUCUAGUAAUGAUUCUCAAUCUUUGUUAAAGAGUGUCUUGCAAAAUUGUGUUAAAAAUAAUUUUGCUGGAGUUGAAAAUGUAAGAUUAUAUUCUCAAACUUAUUUUGGUACGAAAAAGAUUGUUGAAAAUUAUAUUGAUGAAGUGACGGAAUCGCUUAACUAUUUACGAACAUCAAAAUCAUUACCGUUAGAAGAAAAACGUAAAUUAUUCAGAAAUACACAAAAAAAUUAUGGAAGGACAGCAUUAUGUUUAAGUGGUGGUGCAACUUUUGGAUUCUAUCAUUUAGGAGUAGUAAAAGCGUUAUUCGAAGCAAAUUUAUUACCAACAGUUAUAACGGGAACAAGUGCGGGAGGUUUAAUAGCCGCUCUUGUAUGUGUACGUACUGAUGAUGAAUUAGUCCAAGUACUUAAACCAGAAUUAAGUCAAAAACUUACAGCAUGUUCUGAAUCAAUGGAUAUUUGGGUUAAACGUUGGUGGACAUCUGGUUCAAGAUUUGAUGCAGUAGAUUGGGCACGUAAAACUUCAUGGAUUACAAAGGGUAGUUUAACCUUUAGAGAAGCUUAUGAAAGAACCGGUAGAAUACUUAACAUUUCUGUUAUACCUUAUGAUCCACAUUCUCCUCCCAAAGUUUUAAACUAUGUAACAGCGCCUGAUUGUGUCAUAUGGUCUGCAGUUAUUGCCAGUGCAGCAGUUCCAGGAAUCUUGUGUCCAGUUGUUUUGAUGCAAAAAUUAAAGAAUGGAACUAUCAUACCAUAUAAUUAUGGAAAUAAAUGGAAAGAUGGAUCACUUCGCACGGAUAUACCAACUCAAUCAUUACAUAUGCAUUUUAAUGUAAAAAACACAAUAGUAUCACAAGUUAAUCCGCAUAUUCAUUUAUUUUUUUAUGCUCCAAGAGGAUCAGUUGGUAGACCAGUUAGUCAUAGACUUGGUAGAGGAUGGAGAGGAGGAUUUUUAUUGUCAGGUAUUGAACAAUAUUUAAAAUUAGACUUAAGUAAAUGGUUAAAAUGGAUAAGAGAUUUAGAGUUGUUACCUAAAGUUGCUGAUCAAGAUUGGAGUUCUAUUUGGUUACAAAGAUUUGAAGGUAAUAUUACUAUAUGGCCAAAAUCAAAAAUAUCCGAUUUCUUUUAUAUUCUUUCAGAUCCUGAUUAUGAGAGAUUAGAUAAAAUGAUUACAACUGGUCAAAGAGUAACUUGGCCUAAACUUCAUAUGAUUUCAAAUCGAUUAAAAAUUGAGAGGGCAAUACAAAAGGGAAAAGAUCAUGUUAGAAGAGAAGAAAGAAAAAAAUUAAGAUAUCAAAGAAAUGAUGAUGCAACAAAUGAUGUUCAUAUUGGACAUGGUAGAACUAUGUCAUCUCCUUCAAUUGUUCAAUCUCUUAAUACUACUAAUAAUACUAGUGGUGGAAGUGGUAGUGAUUAUUUUGAUCAAUCUAGUAGUGGACAAGAAGAAUCUGAUGAAAUGUUAAUUAACGGUGAAGCCACUGAUAGUGAUAGCAGUAAUGGUGGAAAUUUUAGUGAAAGUAGUAAUAGUAAUAAUGGUAGUAUUGAUGAUGAUGAUGAUGACAUUCUUAAUGAUUUAAAAUAUGAUAUGAUUGCAAGUCAAUCAUCAUCUUCUUCAUCUGAAGAUGAUGGUAUUAUUACUCCUGCAGAUGGACAAGAUUUAAUUUAA